AUGUUCAAAAGAGUUGUUUCUAUUUCAAGAGGUAGAGUAUCACCGAUCAGGUUGGUUGGCCUGAACAGAAGUGCCAAUAUGAUCAGAUACCUCAGCACAAAUGGACCAAAAGCGUAUAACUUCGAGGACAUCAAACAGCUAGUUCAACAUCCUGAUCCCAAAAAGGUGCUUGUGGAUGUAAGAGAGCCUGAAGAAUUGAAAGAGUGCAAGUUGCCUAACUCUAUUAAUAUUCCUUUGAAGAGUGCACCGGGUGCAUUGGGGCUACCUGAAGAGGAGUUCCAAGAAUUAUUUCAUAUUGAGAAACCUCCUAAAGAUAAAGAGUUGAUUUUCUUCUGUGCGCUUGGUGUGAGAGCCAAGACUUCCGAAGAACUAGCUAGGUCUUAUGGUUACGAAUCAACAGGUGUUUGGGAAGGAUCUAUGAAGGAAUGGAAAGAGAAGGGUGGUGAUAAGAUUAAAGUCUGA